ACGUGUUCUUCCAGCGCCACGUCGUGAUGAAGUGUCGGUCCACUGGAGCAGUUGGAAGGCGCUGGCGGAGCUUGUCAAGAGUUACCUGGUUGGUGUCUAAUCGUUCUGGGCUGCUUCUCCGGGGCAAGAAUUAUGUCAUGGGUCAAAGAAGGAGAGCUGUCGUUUUGGGAGCGGUUCUGUGCCAAUAUCAUAAAGGCAGGCCCCAUGCCCAAACACAUUGCGUUUAUAAUGGAUGGGAACCGUCGCUAUGCCAAGAAGUGCCAAGUGGAGCGGCAGGAGGGCCACUCACAGGGCUUCAACAAACUGGCAGAGACUCUGCGUUGGUGUUUGAAUUUGGGCAUCCUGGAGGUGACGGUCUAUGCGUUCAGCAUCGAGAACUUCAAACGCUCCAAGAGUGAAGUAGACGGGCUAAUGGAUCUGGCCCGGGAGAAGUUUAGCCGCCUGAUGGAAGAACAGGAGAAACUGCAGAAGCAUGGGGUGUGUAUCCGGGUCCUGGGUGAUCUGCAUUUGUUGCCCUUGGAUCUCCAGGAGCUGGUCGCACAGGCUGUGCAGACCACCAGGAACUACAACAAGUGUUUCCUGAACAUUUGUUUUGCUUACACAUCCCGUCAUGAGAUCAGCAGUGCUGUAAGAGAGAUGGCCUGGGGAGUGGAACAAGGCCUGCUGGAUCCCAGCGAUGUCUCUGAGUCUCUGCUCGAUAAGUGCCUCUAUACCAACCACUCUCCUCACCCUGACAUCUUGAUACGGACUUCUGGGGAAGUGAGGCUCAGCGACUUCCUCCUCUGGCAGACCUCCCACUCCUGCCUGGUGUUCCAGCCUGUUCUGUGGCCAGAAUACACGUUUUGGAACCUCUGUGAGGCCAUCCUCCAGUUCCAGAUGAACCAUAGCAUGCUUCAGCAGAAGGCCCGAGACAUGUAUGCAGAGGAGCGGAAGAGGCAGCAGCUGGAGAGGGACCAGGCUGCAGUGACAGAGCAGCUGCUGCAAGAGGGGCUCCCGGCCAGUGGGGACCCCCAGCUCCGACGGACACGCUUGCACAAACUCUCAGCCAGACGGGAAGAGCGGGUCCAGGGCUUCCUGCAAGCCUUGGAACUCAAGCGGGCUGACUGGCUGGCACAUCUGGGCACUGCAUCAGCCUGAGUGAGGCUGGCCUCUUGCCACUUUGCCCUACCCUUGGCCUCCAGGGCCCCACUCCCCUUUCUUUUCUUGGUGAAAGGCACCUCCCUCCUGAUGAUGGAUUGUGUUCCUUGGCUUAGCAAGGGAGCCCCAGAGACUAGGUCUGCUGGCCAGAUAUCUAUGGGCGGCCUGGGACAGUGCCGCUGGGGAGAGGGACGGGGGUGAGUCUCAAGUACACUGAGCCUAGCUGUGAUCACAGUAGGUUUGGGGAGCAGAGGGCCCCAGCUCUUCCAUCUUUGCCACCUCUACCUGUUAUUCCUAGGUGCACUUUGUUUUUCCACCAGCACAUCCUUCAACACACAAAAUUUGGGGGAAGAGGUCUGCCCCAAACCUUAGCCCUUUACCCAUCCAUCUUGGCCAUCACAGUAAAUGCGGCCCCACCGUGGACUUGCUGGUAGAGCGCUAAUAGGUGGCCAGCGUGAUUGAGGCAGAGGGAAGGGAGAGUCAGAAAACUUGCCCAUCUGCUGCUCCUCCCCCUGGCCCUCCACCUGGGAUUUGCUAUUGAAUCUCUACCCCCUCCCACCAGCCAGGCUGACUGCUCACUGAAAGGCUCUGCACCCCCAAUGGUGCGAGGAAGCCAGGCGGGUGAUUACAAUCCAAUUACCUAUUGUCGACUCAGCCCACACAAGCUUUUCUCCUCCUCUUGCAGGGCAUGGGGCCAGGCUCAACUCCCCAGUGAGACUGCCCCCUCCAUUGCCACAGGGUAACAGAAGAGCUUGUAGGCCCUGGUGAGUCUAAUCUAGCACAGGCCGCCUUCCAUGGAUCACAUGAGGAACAAGAGCGCAGAAACCAGCCCUUCUCCCAACUGACUGCCUCCUGCCCUCAGCGCCUCCAACUCUGCUUCCCACCUCCACAGCCUUUGAGGCUUUUCUCAGCUUUUGACCUGGCCCCAUAAGCAGGCCGUGAGAUGAUUUAGUCUCAGCAUGGCAGAGUCUCAGCUUGUGAGGGCCAAGGUUGCCCAGCAGGGAGAAGAGGACCAAGGCAAGGGCUGUGUCCUUCCCCUUACCUCUCCCUGGCAGGCCUGGCUGCGGAGCUGCUGAGAGGAUUAGUGCCUUUGAAGAGCUGUCUGUGUGAGCAACUCCGUGCUUCUGGCGCCCCACGGCAGCAAGCACCAGUGGGCAAUACCAGCCAAACGCUGUGUCGUCCCAUUUUGCGUUCUGCAAACUAUUUCCCCAGCACCUCUCUCUAGGGGAGAGGUGGGGUCUUGCAAGAAGUGCUAACAGCAUAUUCUUUAAAACCCCUACUUCCUUGUAUUCCAGUCGCCUCCCCUUUCUGUGCCUGGAUACCUGGCACAAGAGACCCCUUGGCCAUCAUCCCUGCUCCCAGAAUCAGGCAUGAAUGCCAGACACUGCGAUGGAAAAGCCAAUCAGUGCACCCGUUGGCAAAUCCCUCACACACACCUGGCACUCCCCACUACCAAUCCCUGGCACAGGGUUCCCAGAGAGCAGGUGCUGUACAUUUUCCAGCUUUACAAUGAGGCUGUUGACAGCCUUAAUUAGGGAGGCAUGAAUUAUGCGGCUAUAACGGCAGAGCCCUACAAUUAAGGCGGGAAAGAGGGGCUGGAGGCAGCAAACGGAAUCUGCCCUAUGAGCAUGGUGGUUGAGUCCUUGUCUCUCGUCUGGGUACCGCAGAGGUGAUUAAUGGGCAAGUACCUCUGUCCUGAGGUCCUGUGUUCUGGGAGAGGUACACAGGGUGGGGGAGGGGCGAGGAGUGGCUGCCUCGGGAGCCACAGGACGGGGUUGAGGGAUCACGGAUUCCCCGAACCGGGCUGCAAGUAGUUGAUACGAAGUCACUGUGAUUGCUUUCCACCGGUAUGAUUUGUACAAACCAGCUCAACCCUUGCCUCAAGAAACUCGGUGCGACCUAUUUAAAUGUCCUCCCACCUGUGAGCCAACCGCCCCCCCACACACUUGAGGAUAUUUAUCGUGUUGUGUUCUCUUGGGUGUCAAAUAGAAUUUUUAAAAUUCUC